CUGCUGCACCUUGCACCUUGCACCUGCCGCCUUGAUCCCUAAGGCGAACCCUCGUUUCUCCAUCCCCAUCCUCCCGUAAUCCUUUUUUCCAACCCUCACCCUCACCUUCUUCGCAUCGCCCUCGCGACCAAGGAAGACGAGGUCCAUCACGCCGCUCAUUCCCUGCCCCUCCUACCCACUCCCAGCCCCGCGCUGCUCGUUCAUCAUCUGACAGUGACCUGCCCGCCUCACCCUUUCUCCCGUCGCUGUGAGGGUCGUGCUGUUCUUGUUGGCACCUUGUUCUUUAUCGUGGCGCGUUUCGACGCUGGUUCGCCCUGAUUUUCUGCAACCCCUUCCCUUUUCUGCCCUCAGCCCAGCCCCUUGACCUCUUACUCUCUCUCUCGCCCGGGCAGCCUUACCUCAGCCUUGGACCUCGGAGCCGAACAAAAAAACAUCGACGUCGACAUUUACCAGUCAUCCGCCAUCGCACCAGUCACCAUGGGUUUGCCUCUGUAUCGCGCGCCUGUCGACUCCGACCUCAAGUCCAAGAUUCCCAAAGACCCUCCCACCCGCGCUCGUUCCACCAUCCGUCGCAACCGUCGAAGUCCCAACGACCCCAGCUCUCGUUCCGCCUCCACUAGCGCCCACUACUACAGUCGUCGCACUGGCCCUGGCCCCCGCGCCCGCAUCAUCUCGCCACCUUCGGCCGACUCACCCUGGACGCCAUGGGACAAUGUCGAGCCUGCAGCGGCGGCAGCUGACCUGCACGCAGCUUCGCGGUCUGCCACUCGCAGGCCUGGCGUGUCCGACCCCUUGUACCUGGUGCGCGACAGCACCACCCAGGAUCCUUCUGGUCGCCGGGAGCCAGUCUUGCGCGAGCUCAUCACCCGCAACGGGCCCAUGAGCCAGGAGGUCGUUCGCUACUUUGGCCAGCACAUGGCCAGGCUGUACGCCGACACGAGCUCCAGGACUGGUCAGGACUGGGAUGACGCCGCCCCCACUCCCGGCGAUGCGGAAAGCGCCUCGGUCUCCCCCGACGAGGAGCGCCAGAUCCUGGAGGCUGUAGACGAGUUCAACCAACGGCCCACCAGCCUGGCGCGUGAGCCUACGACAAGGCCGAGAGGCGACAGGGAUGUCAGGGCUCGUGCUGACUUUCUGCACCGCCAGAACGAGCGGCUCAUCGUCAUGAGACGCACACUCCGGGCCCAGGAGCUGUCGGCCAUGCGCGAGGGGCGGGAAGCCCGCGCGAGGCGGUCAACCCCUGGCGAUGCCACGCUCGAGGCCCGUUUCGAUGGGCUGGGCGACCGUAACAGGAGCCUCAGCCCGGAGGGCGACGGGGUCUGGGACACGCUGCUCAGCUCCAUCACCCCCGACCCUCAGCCGCCUAGCGUGGGGACCUCGUUUGCGUCCGCGUCGGCGGCGACUUCGCAGCCAAGCACCGCGUCUGGUGCCAACAGCGCCAAUUCCUCGCGUACGUCCCUUGAUGAUGGGGCCGACGGGUCCUAUUCGGCCGAGCUGAUUGGGUUCACCGAGGCAUGCGAGUCUGGCGGCGACAACUCAGACACGGAGGGAGACGAGGACGAGGAGGCGCGGGAGAACAUCCUGAGACGCUUCGGACGGUCCCACGGGGACAUGGCCGAGCGAGACGACGAGGACAUUGAGGUUUUUGGGGGCGUCGAGUCCAUGCAGCGUAUUGUACGGAACCUUGCCAGGCGCGAGGACAUCCCCGACGAGUGGUGGGCCGAGGCGGGGCUCAGUCGCACGCUGGGCAGGGAGGGCUCUUCCUGAGGAGACGCCAAGGGAUCGAUUGCCUACGGCCUGGGGAGGGCCCGAGGCAAAGCACUGGAUCCAGGUGCCUGCACUACCAUCAUGGCCGAGCUCUUGGUUGAGUCUACGGGAUGCGGGUCGUGCACCACCCUACCAAUUUACGAAGUUACGGUUUACGGGAUCGGAAGGUCAAAAAAAGGAUGAUACGAGGCUCUUCUGGGCAGAUGUUAAUGUGUGAUAUCAUUGUACCCGGUUGGCCAACCGGCAGGAAAGGCGAAUGUUUGUGCCCGCCAGGGGCUAGGGGAAUCACACUUGCAGCCUCGCGGAAAGCAGAUGCCGCCGUCAUGCGUCGGCCCUCAAAAUUUUGUAGGAAUAAGUGAUGCGAUGCUCGCUGGUCUGCCUGGAACAUACGUGGUUCUCCCGUCCGCUGUCGUGUGGAACCUACAUCAUGUUGCGCAGGUACCCUUACGCUACCCAUGGGAUUAUUGCUUCUCACCAUUAGUGCGAAAUGUCGAUACGCGGGGCUCUCUGCGAGUCUUUUGGCGUUUGGGGGCGGGCGUAGCAGCGUGGGCGCGCGGCACGGCGUGGCGUGGCGUGGCGUGGCGUUCGGGCGUGUCAUAGGUCUAGUGGGGCCAAAAAGAAGAUGUUCUGACUUGCUAUCUAUCUCUAUAGGUCUACUAUCUUGAGUUUUGACAAGAGCUUGGGCCGAUCGACGUGAAGAAGCCGAUUGGCGAGAGAGCCAGCCCUGAAGAAGCAGGGAUACCUAGGCAUAUCAUCCCCAUGGCUCCUGGGGCGUGCGUGGGUUUAUCUACGGACACGGCGUGGCACGCGUCUGACGCGUGAUGUUUGGUUCGGGGCCCGGGAGGGCACAGAGAGCACUUGGAGGCGUGCCUGGCCGGGGAGACCUGGGCGCGUCGGCCUCUCAGCGAGCGUGACGGGACCAGCCCAGCCGGCCAAGCCAGUAUGGACGAUUUUAUAAUAGUGUGUAGAUAGAUGGGAACUCCCCUGGAGUCGUCAGGCUUCAUACCGUAAUCCGGCCGGAAGAUGCCGAGUGUCUUGUCUGUCUGGUGUCGUGAGUUGUACGGAGUACCAUGAGAGGGAUGGUCUUCACGGAGGCUGCCUGCCUGCCACGAGAUCUCAUACCUACCGAGCUGCUAGACAGAUAGUCUACACAGUGUCCUCCCCUGCCCAUGUUGGAACGUCAACAGCCCAGCCCAGCCCAACCUGACGUCUCGGCGGGGAUCCGACAGCCCCGAACAUUCGGGAUCGCCCCAGGUGGAAUGGCACGGUGGGCACGGCAACAUGACAAGGCGACGACAAGAGUGGAUCAUCCGGCUCUUGUGAGGGUGGGACCUGUCAAACGCGUGGGCUGCGGUGGGCCAGGCUGCCGGGCUGUCGGAUCGAGGACGAGGACGAGCAUCGAGGAUUUUUAUGGUCUUCUGGUCUGGGAGGACCGCAAGUUAUUUCAUUUCUUCAUUUUUUUUCCUUGUCCACCCUGGUCCGGCCAGCCCGGCCCAGUUGUUAAGCUUCAGGCCAUGGGAAAUGGGGCCGCGAGUUAGGCUCUGGUGUUUUUUGAGGAUUCCCAUGGGAUUAAUUGGGUUUUCAUCGAGGCAUUGAUUGGGGUUUGGGGCUGCCGUUGGUUCGCACAUGGCAGGCUGGCAGGCUGGGAGGCUGGCAGUGAGACGGAGUGAGGGGGGCCUGGCCUGGCCUGGCCUGGCAUGGGCUGGAUGGUCACUUUGAGGCUACAUCUGGCUCAGAUCAGCCUGGCCCACGAACCAUAGACGGGCAUCAGGGGUGGUGACACUAAGGCUGGAACUUGACGUCUGGCAUUG